AUUAUAAUUUGAGAAAAGCAACGGGUUAAAAUAAUGAAAAUUACUGCAAUGUUUCACUGUCCAAUUGACUCAGAUCGCAACGGAAGAAUGAGCAGCAAUCGUUAAAUAAACUUAGGCGAACUCCAAAACGUCACGGCAGACUCGGCUUUCCUAUGACGUCACGUCCGCCGUUUAAAGAUGGCUGACAUCAACAACGAAGGCGGUCAUUCUUUCAAGUUUUGUGGCUUUACGCUGGACUGUUGGUUGCAGAGGGGAAAUGAGUCGUUAUCUUCAACACCGCUAGCAGUCUGAGCGUCGUUCGGCAGCCACUCAUAUUUUGAUCAUGAGUAGCCGCAGAAAGAGGGCCCCUCCAUCGAGGGUGGAUGAGGAGGAGAAGAAGCGUUUGAACUGGAACAUGCUUGAUGACAGGAAGAAUGAAACUGUCCAUGAGGUCGAUGACCUGUCGGCAACCUGCUCCUACCUUCAUCAUGAAGCAUCUUCCAGCAGCUCCACUCAAGACUCUACCUCCACGAGCUGUGUCCAGUUGGCAGAGACGCUUCCAAGCAUGUCCUCAGAAACCGGGUCUGUGUCUGUGUCCCUGGCUCUCACUGUCAUGCCAGUCACAAAGCUGAGCCAUAUCUGGAAAGCGCUCAUUGGCGAGUUCUGCGUCCGUCCUGCUUGGCUCCCCACAAACUGUGAACGAAGAACAUUUACCCUCCACAAGAUAGGUGACCAGCUCUGUGUGAGCUACAGCAGUAAUGAGGAGAGCGUUGGCUUGCUGAGCAGCUCCAACCAAGAGACUUGUACAGCUGAGUGCAGCUUGACUCAGAUCAGUUUGGAGGACAUCGACUGGCUACAGAAGAGGAGAGUAGUUCAGCUGUGCUUUCUGCAGAAAGACGUUGAUCUCAAGGUAGGGAUAUACCUGUUGGAGACUGGCCUGGGUAAACCAGAGUUUCUCAGUGAAGGAAAUGCUCGGCUGAAGAAAGCUAAUCAACUGAUGCAGAAGAUGAUGGAGUACCUGUACGAUUUUAUCAUUCCUGAGGUUGUUGAAAAUGAGGAGGAGGAAUGUGACACCGACCUCGAACGGCAGAACAUUGAGGAGCUGUACGAUUAUGUCCGUCAUCUUCACCAGAUGGAGCGCCACGAGUCCACUUGCGACGUCCAACACAAAGCUCUCAUUCCCAUCCUGAGGCCGUAUCAGAGCCAGGCCGUCAACUGGAUGUUGAGAAGAGAGAAAUGCAGGAUGUCUUCACCAAAAGAACAAACCCUACAUUUUCUCUGGCGAGAGUUGAUCUCUUUAUGUGGCAAGAAGUUGUUCUACAAUCCAUUCACCGGCUGUAUAAUCCGAGAGUUUCCUUUGGCUGGUGUGGAAUGGCCGGGUGGAAUCCUGGCGGAUGAGAUGGGUCUUGGGAAGACAGUUGAAGUUCUGGCUCUAAUACUGCUUCAUGGCCGACAAGACCUGGAGCAGGAGGGUCUCACGAUGCCUGUGGGAAAAUCUGUGAAUUAUUUUGUCCCUUCUCCUCCGCUGGAGAAGAAAAAAGUUUGCCACCCCAGGCCAGACAGUCAACCGAAAAUGAAGACAUCAUACCCAACCGUGAGAGUCAUGUUGCUCACUGCCAUAAAGGAGAUGAGAACAGGCAAAGGUGCCUCGGUCAAUGCCGUCUUCACUUACAUACGCGCUACAUACGGGUAUGACCUUCUGAAGAACCGCAAGCACAUCAAAAAGACUUUGACCAAGCUGGUUGACGAUGGCCUUGUUGAGCGGGUCAAAGGUCGUGGGUUGGCAGGCUCCUUCAAGCUGGGGAAGAACUACAAAGACAAAUUGUUAGCAGGAGCAUCCAAGUUUAAUCAAAGGAAUACAGAGAGCUCGCCCAGAAAGACAUUUCAGAGGCGAGCCAAGGAGAAGGCAGAAGUGGCGCUUCUAAACUCUCUUUCAGACGAGCCAUACGAUCAGAACUCUUCUCUAUCAGAGUGUUCGAGGCUCAAAGGAGCAGGAUGGGACGAAGGGCUGAGUGAGAGAGCUGAGAUUUCAGAUGGAGCAGAAGAGACGACGUACCUGCCUAAAGCUGACCCAGAAGAGAUGCCCAGCUUGUUCCACCUGUCAGAAGAAACAUCGCAGUCCAACUCACAAGAGGAGUCUGAACCCCCCACCAUCGCGUCAGUGGCCCCCUUCAAUACGCCCGACUACAGAUUUGAGUGCAUCUGCGGCGAACUGGGUGUCAUCGACUACAAAGCUCGAGUCCAGUGUAUGAACUGUCAGCUCUGGCAGCAUGCAGACUGUGUUAACUACAAAGAGGAGAGCCUGGAGACAACGCCAUUCUACUGCCCUCACUGCCUCGUCGCUAUGAAACCCGUGUCCACCGGCGCCACGCUCAUCAUCUCACCAAGCUCAAUUUGUCACCAGUGGGUGGAAGAAAUCAGCCGGCACAUCCGCUCGUCCUCGCUGCGAGUGCUGGUUUAUCAAGGGGUCAAGAAGCAUGGCUUCAUCCAGCCUCACAUGCUCGCUGAGCAGGAUGUGGUCAUCACAACCUACGACGUGCUUCGCUCAGAGCUCAACUACGUGGACAUUCCUCACAGCAACAGUAAAGACGGACGACGUUUCCGCAACCAGAAGCGUUACAUGGCUGUCCCAAGCCCCCUGGUGGCUGUAGAGUGGUGGCGCAUUUGUUUGGACGAGGCCCAGAUGGUGGAGUGCCCGACAGCGAAGGCUGCUGAGAUGGCUUUGCGUUUGGCAUCUGUCAAUCGUUGGUGUGUGAGUGGGACCCCUGUUCAGAGAGGCUUAGAAGAUCUUUAUGGGCUGUUCCUCUUUCUGGGAGUCGACCCAUACUGGGUGAAAUACUGGUGGGAGCAGCUGUUGUAUCGGCCCUAUCGCCGUGGCAACACAGAGCCGCUCUACAAUGUUGUUGCACAGUUGCUGUGGCGAUCCGCCAAGAAAGAUGUCAUCGAUCAGAUCCAGAUUCCUCCUCAGACUGAGGAGGUCCACUGGCUGCACUUCUCGCCCGUGGAGGGUCACUUCUAUCACCGUCAGCAUGAGGUCUGCUCCCAGGACGCUCUGGUCAAACUCAGAAAGAUCUCGGACUGGAGUCUGAAGCUGGGCAGCCUGGACCGCCGCACGGUCAACACCAUACUGUGUCCCCUCCUGAGGCUGCGACAGGCCUGCUGUCAUCCCCAGGCUGUGAGGGGGGAGUUCCUGCCCCUCCAGAAAAGCACCAUGACGAUGGAGGAGCUCCUCAAGUCCCUGCAGAAGAAAUGUCGAGUGGAGUGUGAAGAAGCUCACCGACAAUUGGUGUGCGCACUGAAUGGCCUGGCUGGAAUCCACAUCAUCAGAAAUGAGUUUGUGGAGGCGGCAGAGAUGUAUCGAGAGGUGCUUCGCUCAUCAGAGGAACAUAAAGGCAGGCUGAAAACGGAUUCAUUACAGCGGCUUCACGCCACUCACAACUUAAUGGAGCUGCUGAGUGCAAAACAUCCUGGUAUUCCUCCGACGCUGAGAGAUGACCGGCUGAGCGAGGAGGCCGAGCAGCUGCGUCAGCACUAUAUGACCAAGUACGACUCGGAGGUGGCAGAUGCUCAUCAGGCUCUGCAGCCGGUUUUGCAGAACAUCAAGGAGUUGAAACGCAAAGUCAAGCUGAACUCCCCCUGGUGGCUGGAUGUCAUUCAGAGGGCGAUCCGAUGCUCCACCGAUGAAGAUCUUGUAUCCCGUGUGAAGAAUGAACUGACGUGCAACUUCAAACAACAAGCCAACAAGCUGUCCAUGGCUGACAAGUUCCGUGACGGCAGUGGACUGCAGUUCAUCCUCACCACUCAAAUGGAAGAUCUGAUGAAGUCCCAGAAGACGGUUCGAGAAGCGGUGAAGAGCCUGGAAGGCCCGGCGUCCAAAGAAGUCAUCGAGGAGGCCACCAUCUGCCACCUGAGGCCCAUGAGGCUGCCGCUCAACAACUGCGUUUUUUGCAAAGCAGAUGAACUUUUCACCGACUAUGAGUCGAAGCUGUUUUCACACACGGUCAAAGGUCAGACAGCCAUCUUUGAAGAGAUGAUCGAGGAUGAGGAAGGACUGGUGGAUGAUCGCCUGCCGACCACCAGCCGAGGCCUGUGGGCGGCCAGCGAGACUGAGCGGACUCUGAAGGCCAUCCUGGCCUUCGCUAAAGCUAAGCGGCUGGACCCGGAGCUCGUGGGGGAAGGAACCACUUUCAUGGAGCUCUUCGAGAACUGGAAGAAGGAGUACAAGGUACUGCAUGAGUAUUGGAUGGUUCUGCGCAAUCACGUAUCUGCCAUCGACGAGCUGGGCAUGGCCACCGACAGGCUCCGCGUGCGUCUGCCAGACGAGCCCAAGCAGAAAGUGCUGCACAUCAUUGAGCCUCAUGAGGUGGAACAGAACCGAGUCAAGUUGUUGAAUGACCAGGCGGUAGCCAAGUCCCAGUUACAGAAGAAGCUGGGCCAGUUCCUGUACCUGAACAACCUGGAGAAGUCACAAGACAAAUCUGCAGAGGAACUCAACCCAGAGCCCUGUCCUAUCUGCGCCCGGCCUCUCGGGCAAGAGUGGGCUGUCUUGACCUGUGGACACUGCUUCUGCAACGAGUGCAUCGCCAUAAUUGUGGAGCAGUACAGUGUUGGUUCAAGGCGACGGGCCAUUAAAUGUGCUAUCUGCAGACAGACCACCUCCCAUGCCGAGAUCUCCUAUGUUUUCACCACCCAUUCCUCCAGUCAGGAUCAAGACAUCCCUGUUAAGGGGAGUCACUCCACCAAGGUGGAAGCUGUUGUGAGAACCCUGAAGAAGAUUCAUCUGACUGACCCUGGGGCCAAGUGUCUGGUCUUCUCCACGUGGCAGAGCGUGCUGGACAUCAUCGCCAAAGCUUUGUUUCACAACAACAUGGAAUUCUCCCAGAUUAACGGAAUACACAAAUUCCAGGAGAACUUGAGUUCCUUUAAAUAUGAGGAGAAAAUCAACAUCCUCCUUCUGCCGCUGCACACGGGCUCCAAUGGCCUGAACAUCAUCGAAGCCACACAUGUGCUGCUGGUGGAGCCCAUUCUGAACCCUGCUCACGAACUGCAGGCCAUCGGCAGGGUCCACCGCAUCGGCCAGACCAAACCAACGUUUGUGCACCGCUUCCUGAUCAAGUCCACAAUAGAGGAGCGGAUGCAGGCCAUGUUGAAGACUGCAGAGAAGAGCCACACCAGCACAGCCAUGAAACACUCGGAGGCCUCCGUGCUGACCGUCGCUGACCUCGCUGAUCUGUUCACCGAGGACUCCGAACCUUUGGAGUAAAUUUUGCUAGGACUCCGAUUUUAGCUGAGUUUUGUUCACAUUCCAGUUUUUAAAAAUCUGUGUUAGCGGGAAUGACUCUGUUGAUGAUGAAGUGUGUUGCGCCCCAGACGGUCAGAUCACUGACGGCUGGUGGGCGGCUGCUCCUUGUGCUGUCACUGUCACUGCAUUGUGCUCACAACGAUCAGGAAUUAAAUGUUUGUGUUGACCUUCCGCUGCUGUCCAGUUGUUCGUUGUGAAGGGUUUGUGUUUCUCAUAGAGUUUGAUGUGAAGCACUUGCUUGCUUUGAAAUCACCCUUUUACGCUGUUUUUAUGAUCAUAUGUGCCACACACAUGCACUCACAACUCCUUGUUGCACAUCCUGAAUUGCCCUCCAGUCUUAAUGGGGUUCCUUUGGUGCAAGUGACUGGUGUUCCCGCUCCAGUAAAGAUUUUAAAAUGCUCAGACAAAAGGUGCAGACAACAAAGAGCGUGAGCGACGUGCUGUUGUUGCUCCCUUACAUGGUAACCAGACGUCUUGUUGUAGUUGGGAUGGUUGUAAGAUGUUUACUGAAGAGAGCUGCACUGCAGUGGGCGGGGACAUGUGUGUUACCUUGGACUCCCUCAGACCCCUCUAUUCAUGUGCGGAAUCUCAUUGUUGGUGCGCACAUCACUCAAGCUGGUGUUUUAAGGCCGGACCGAGACUCUCACUCCAUUUGAGUUGGGCUUCAAGGGCUCAGACAGAGCAGCGCUGCAUCUCGAAGUGACAGCAGAGGACUUUCGGGAGGGGGAAGAACCUGCAGCACAGACCUGGAGGAGGAUGCCACCUGCCAGUUUGGUUUUAGCCUGCCUGCUGUUCUCCACGAGGAUGGUCAUCUGUGUCGUCCACCUGGAGCCAGAGGAGGAAGAGCUCAACGAAACCGUCGUGUGCACCAAUGACCACAUGGAGGUCGUCAUUCCAAGCGCCUUCUUCCUCAACAAAGUUCCUCCGGUUUAUGU